GCAGUUAAAUAAAUGCACAAAAAUGUAUGUUUUAUAAAAAUACAGAAAAACUUUAUAUAUAUAUUGUAUAUAGUUAAAACAAUAAGAGAUAUAUACGAGAUUAAUCGGAACAAAUAUAAAAUGUGCGCACGACUUCUAGCGUGUCCGUUGUGCUCUCAACCAGGAUUCUUAACGCUUGAUGCGCUACGAGCUGGACUUGUAAGUGUCGCGACUCGACCUCUGAUAUGUCCUGUGUGUAACGAGGUGCUGUUAGGCAUAGAUAAAUUAACUAUACACUUGUUCGGCCACACAAUCAACUUAAAUAACAACGCAACGGAGACGUCCAAACACACAGACGUUUCUAACGAGCACAUGUUCGCGAUGCACAAUGCGCACAACAUCGCUCUGCACGAUUGGAACAUGUUGAAAAGUCAAUCGAGCAAAGUGCAAACUUCAAACGGCAACAAUAGAACCUGUUUAGAUCCUGAUGUGCUGAAUAUCGAUAAAAUCUCUAUUAUAAGUUCGCAGUCUCAAGGUCAAGAGUCGCCAGCCAAAACCGUAAACCAGUACGGUUUUACAUCGGAUUACAAUUAUGAUAACGUGAUAAAAGUAAAUAUCCUGCCGCAAUCGAAUGAAAAUCAGAAUGCAAUGUCAAGAUCAGUAACAGAUCUGCAAGAUGAGAUAUUGAAGACAAACGCAACGCAGUAUUUUUGUAAUGACAGUACCAGACAUUUGAAUAUGAUUCAAGGUAAUAUGCACGCAGAAAAGACAGCUACAUCGGAUUUAAUUUCGACAAAAGUGACGGAAAAUGCAGACACCGUGGAAACGAACACCGGCUCACAUGUUGCGAAAGAAGGACUGACGAUAAAUUUAGUCGAAAAGGAAAAUGAUUUUUCUAAUUUUCAAUCGAUUCAGAAUGUAAUAUCAGCUUGCGCGGAUGUGUCGUUAGAAAAAAAUAAUGACAAGCACAAUUUGUCUAACACUAGAGACACCGUGCUGGACACAAACGAUCAAAAUUCGGAACACAGGAUGUUGCCACAAACGUGUAACACCAAGGUAUUCCGAAACAUAGUGCCGAAAGAGAAAACUGAGAGAUGUAGCACAUGCGGUUUACAUUUUCCCGACACCAAUAUUUUGACUUUGCAUAAACAACUGGUGCACGAACAAGAUUCAACCAUUAUCUCGGGAAAAGUUCUCAAAAAUUACUCGUGUCAUCUUUGCUCCAAGGUGUUCAAAAUGAAAGGCAGUUUGAUGAUUCACAUGAGAGUGGCGCAUGUUGGACACAAUUCAAGCUCUUCCCCUAAAGACGGUCAGGUUGAACUUGCGUGCAGCGACACUGGAUAUUCGUGUCCUACGUGUGGAAAAAAAUUCAAAAAGGAGCAACAUGUGGUACAACAUCUGAAAACUCACGAAAGUAAACAAUGGGAAUGCGACACUUGCAGCAAGAUGUUCACAACGAAAUAUUUUCUGAAGAAACACAAACGAUUGCAUUCGGGAGAGAUGCCGUACAAAUGUAAAAUAUGCGACAAGAGCUUCACGUUUCAGCAGUCAUAUCACAAACACAGACUUUAUCAUAAAGAUGACAAGCCUCACACCUGUACAACCUGUGGCAGAUCGUUCAAAGAACUUUCUACGUUGCACAAUCAUGAAAGAAUUCACACAGGAGAGAAGCCAUUUGCAUGUGAAACAUGUGGAAAAUGUUUUCGUCAACGUGUUUCGUACUUAGUCCAUCGUCGAAUUCACACUGGAGUGAUGCCUUACAAAUGCACAAUGUGUGGCAAAAGCUUUCGAUAUAAGGUGAGCCAAAGAACUCAUAAAUGUCCCGCACAACAGACUACAGGCAACGUACAACAAUCGUCAGAGAUAAUUACACAAAAUACCGAUGAUAAAACAGUCAUGCCACAGAUAAAUAAUUCACAGGAAAGUCAAUCGGUGAUUAAUGCUGGGAACAACAAGGAAAAUAAAUUUGUGUUGAUCAUAAAUGCCCAAGGGCAACACAUUUUAGCAUUGGAGUCAGAAAUAAAUAACAUAUCCUUGGAAAGGAAAGAAGAAACUGUGGAAUACAAAAGUGACAAUGCGGAAAAAACUUCGCAAAGCAAGGUUUGGAACAAUGACAACGUCAGUUCUCCAGAACUCAAGAAACCUGCAAAAUCACAUGAAAAACCACAACUGGAUAAUGAGAAAAUCGAUAUCAAAAGUACAAGUGAUUUCUUUUCAAUGGUGAUGUCCCCUCUUGAGAACAGCAUACAGUCUCCUACUUUUGAGAUGGAACACCUGAGAGUGUCAUCGCCUAAGGAAAAAGAGAGCUCAAUAAAUUCUUACACGAACUUUUCGGAAGUCUCUGACAAUAUGCAAAUAAAUAUAACACAGUCAAAUUUAGAAGAGAGCUUUGUUGCUAAUAAAGAUGUUACCGAUUCCUUGCAAACCAUAAAUGAAGAAUCAUUGAAGGAACUAUUGUAUGGUAUGGAUAGAAAAUAAAUAUGACAGAGAGUACAAACUAAUCGUAAAUUCUAUCUACUUUAAUCACAUCAAAGAUGAAAAUACAUCAAGAAAUGUAUUCAUUCUAAAUGUAAAACUGUUAUAUAUAAUUGUGACCUUGUAUAUACUAUCGAAUUAUAUUGUAUUUAUAACUUGACCAUGUUAUGAAACAAGUACGACAUGUGAACGAGUUGAAUACCUACAAUUUAUAUCAUGUGCGAUUAUCUUUGAUCGACUUAUUUUAUAGGUUAGGUUAGAAAUAAUCAAGUAAACAUAUACACGCUACAUAACGUAUAACCAGAUAAGUUACUUUUGUUUAUAUGUACUUACUCUUAAUACAAAUUCUUUUCAUGUCAGCUGUUAAUUAAUAAACUUAUCUGCGCACUAAAACAAAACACGCGGAACACAUUUUGACAAAUUCUAACGAAUCAAAUUAAGCUUGACGAUUGUGUAUCUUUGAAAGGAACGAUUGCACGCGAAACGACAUAACC